UGAGGGACGAGCCUAACUACUCAUUUUUUAAAUAUAUAGUUUCUUUGCCAAUUAUAUAUGUCAAGUUUAAGGUGUUCUUUUCUUUUUUUUUCUUUUUUCCUUUUUUUCUUUUUGAUAAGAAACAGGACCAAGUAUUCUUUAUACAAUUAUAAUUAUUUGUGGCAGUUGGAUAGCUGGAUUAUUUUAGCUUCUUCUUGUUUUUUUUUUAAAUUAUAUAAUAAUACUAAUUUCUAUCAUCAUCGCCAUCCUCAUCCCCUGUCUUGCUUCUUACCUUGCAACACAAGUAGUACUGGACUGGAGAGUGAUCUUUCUAUAUAUAUACACAUUUCCUUUCCCUAUUCCAGAGAUAAGCCCACAAGUUCAAGCUUUACAUUUACAGUAACAUUGUCUAUUAUCUCCAUACUCUAAAAAAAGAGUAAAUAGAGAGAAAAUGAAAAUGAGUGGGCUAUACUGUUUUGUGUUCAUCACUUUAGGCCUUACAGCUUUUGUACAACAAACUCAAGCUCAACUCCAAAUGGGUUUUUAUUCCAAAAGUUGCCCCCAAGCUGAGAAAAUUGUUCAGGAUUUUAUAGACAAGAACAUCCCUAAAGCUCCUGCUAUGUCUUCAUCCCUCAUAAGAAUGCAAUUCCAUGAUUGUUUCGUCAGGGGGUGUGAUGCUUCUGUUCUUCUGAACUCAACUUCCCCAAAUUCAGGUGAAAAAGAUGCCAACCCUAAUCUAACACUCGGAGGUUUCCGCUUCAUUGAUAGCAUAAAGAGCCUGCUAGAAGCAGCAUGCCCUGGAGUAGUUUCUUGUGCUGAUGUUAUUGCUUUGGCUACAAGAGACGCCAUUGUCAAAAUAGGCGGUCCAUCAUGGAGUGUCCCAACAGGUAGAAGAGAUGGGAGAAUCUCAAACAGAACAGAGGCCAACAACAUGAUCCCAGCUCCCACUGCAAACUUUACCACUCUCCAGACACUUUUCUCCAACCAGGGUCUUGAUCUUCAAGACUUGGUCUUGCUUUCUGGUGCUCACACUAUUGGAGUAUCUCGCUGUUCUUCAUUCUCGAGUAGACUCUACAAUUUCAGUGGUAGGGGAGACCAAGACCCUGCUUUGGACAGUGAAUAUGCAGCAAAUCUCAAGGCCAACAAGUGCAAAACUCAAAAUGAUAAUACCACUUUGGUUGAGAUGGACCCUGGAAGCCGCAAAACAUUUGAUCUUAGCUAUUACACCCUCGUACUCAAGAGGAGAGGACUCUUCCAAUCUGACUCUGCUUUGACCACAAACAGCUUCACAAAAUCUUACAUGCAAAAACUUCUUCAAGGCUCAGAGAAUUUCUUUUCUGAGUUCGCUAAGUCCAUGGAGAAAAUGGGAAGAAUUAAUGUUAAGACUGGCUCAGAUGGUGAGAUCAGGAAGAACUGUGCUGUUGUCAAUUAGAGUAUUUAUCUCUGAUAAUUGUGUAACAUUGUUAUAUGUUUCUGUCAUUCUCUUCCGUCUGGUAAAUUAUCAUUUUUUUUAUGUCUCCUUUUUUUUUUUAUUGAGAUUUGGUAAUAAUUGUUCGGAGUCUGUGUUAAGUGUUAAGCUUGUUGAGAUCUCAGGGUUUUAGAAAUGGUUGGUUACUUGACCAAUGAAAUAUUGUAAGUGAUAUCCAGUCCAGACUCUGUUUUGACCAUGUACUUUUGAAUCAUUGUGUUAAUAAUAAAUUAAAUCAGUGAGUUUUGUUUA